CACCAAUUCACUCUCUCCCCCCACACUUCCUCCCCUCCCUUCCAGCAGUUUCCCUCCCUUUCCUCCCCCCUCUCCUCUCCCUCCCACCUCGCCGCUCCUCCCCACCCAAUCCGCACGCACCCGAACAACAAACCCUAGAGCCACGGCGAGGUGAUGAGAUGGGACGCGGCGGACGCGGAGGCGGUUCUGGAGCGGAUCUGGGACCUCCACGACCGCCUCAGCGACGCCAUCCUCACCGUCUCCACCACCCACUUCCUCCCCGCCCCGCCGCCGCCGCGCCCCUCCGCCUGCGCCCGCGCCGGCGGCCGGAAUGGGUGUGUCUUCGUCAAGGGACGUCGGGGAGGAGGAGGAUUCGGGGAGGAAGACGGCGGCGGUUCGGCCCUGGCCGCCGCGGCGGGAGCGAUGGCCGAGGCCAGGAGCCUGCACGCCAUCCGGACGGCGCUCGAGGACCUCGAGGACCACCUCGAGUUCUUGCAUACUGUUCAAUCACAACAACUGGCUGAGCGGGAUGCUGCAGUUGCUAGACUGGAGCAAAGCCGCCUAGUCCUUGCUACAAGGUUAGCUGAACAUCAGGGGAAGAAGUAUAGAGUCAUUGAGGAGGCCUUGGCAUUUGUAGGUGAGGUGAGUGACAAGAGUCGAUUCAUUUCACCAGAAGAUGUCCGUGCGACACAAUGCCAGUCAGGGGAGGAUCCGGUGGACAAUGGGGGCAAUGGUUCAAGUAUCAUGGCAAAUAUGUUAUCUUGUAGUCUAUCUUUAGCCAAGAAUUCAUUUCGAGUGGACAAAAUUGGCAGUGUUCUGGGUAAUGCUGCAGUUUUUGCAGUAAGUAUGCUUGCUUUCUUGCAGUUGCAUCAAGUUGCAUUCGGAAGCAGAACUCCACCUAUGGAAUACAGGAAGAGAAUUGAUUACAGUAGCCAAUCUGGGAGCUCACAGCAGAAUAGCAAAGGAAAGCAUCUUGAGGUCUACCUAGCCAGAGGUUGAGGAAUCAUCAGAUCACUUGCCACUGCCUGUACAGAAAGUCUUGACCCAGUGUUUAGUUUUCGUUGGUUUUGUUAGGGCACUAAUCAUUCUUUACAAUGGUCUGGACCAUGUUCCAGGCUGCUAAGGUACUAGAUGUCACAUUCUUUUGGAUGGAUUGGUCUACCUUCCAUGACAUUAGGUGUUGUAUUUCCUAAUCUGUAAAUGGAGUUGUGCUUAGAGAUGGAUUGAUUGGCAGAAUUCAUGUUUGAAGGUGGUGUUCUCUAUGCUGUUGAGCUUGCACCUGUUACUUGAGAUUCUUGUUGUCUUCUCAUGAGGAUUCUUUGCCAUUCUCUGGUUGCCCAACAACUUCAGUUUUUUUGGACCCAGCUUGUCAUAGCUACUUCAGUUUUUGUGGACUCAGCUUGUCAUAGGCUCAUAGCUGCCGUACAAGCACAUGUGAUGCUUGUAUAUUUAUCUUUUUAAUGGAGAUGGAGUAUACUUGAGGGUAUGUGCUUUGCUCUUUCUUGUGCUUGAUGAUGCUCUAAGGCUUUUCUUUGUUGUCUAGUCUAUUUGGUGUGGAAGCUUCUUUGAUAAUGCACUUGACCUCUGUUUUACAGAUAUGCGCUAACGUGCUACUUUUCACUUGGCUCUCCAAUACUGCUGCUGGAGCUGGUCGGUUGUGAUGUGUCUUCUUUCUGUGUUUUGGAUUGUAUUGCAAUCAGUAGAAGCAGAAAGGUUGAAGUAAACAAGUAUCCUAUGCCUGAUGAUCUACGCUGCACCAUAUGCACAAGUAUGGAUCUGAGGGUGUAAUAAACUGUAAAAGAAAUCUGGUUGAUUGUCUUGGAUGUUAUUGUUACAUUCAAAAGGAUGGAAAUCGAAGCUCCAUUUCCAGUGUGAUGCUAAA